GAGGUGGGUGCUUUUUGCGGAGGUUUGGUGUCUCAGUGGGUCUGGGUAAGGGGAGUCUACGGCAUGUGUGUGCAUUAAAAGUGGAGAGGCGGUGGGCGUCUUAGUUACACCGAGAUCAAAGAGAGGUAGCAAGAGUGGAAGUGACCGGCUCAGAGUCGUCUGACAGACAUUGGAGACUGGGGAGGGUCUUGAGAGAGGUGCUGGGGAGAUUAAAGACGAGCGGGCACAUCUGUUUAGGGGGGGAGAGAAAGGAAGGACUAACAGACACUUGGACGGAGGGGGUGGGGGCGUGUUACCACGAGGGUCCACACAAAGCAGCCUGACAUCUCGGAGUCUUUGAGGACGAGGAAGCGGACGGGAAGUAAAGAAGAGGGGGGGGUAUCUUCAGCAAGUCGUCAACAUGGCAAUCCAACUCAUGCCUGAAUCUGCUGUCUGUCUUCUCAUGAUGACGGAGGGGAGGCGGUGUCAGGUCCACCUCCUGGACGACAGGAAGUUGGAGCUUCUUGUCCAGCCCAAGCUCAUGGCGAAGGACCUGCUGGAUCUGGUGUCCUCCCACUUCAACCUCAAGGAGAAGGAGUACUUUGGCAUCUCCUACACAGACGAGACGGGCCAUUUCAGCUGGCUGCAGUUGGACCGGAGGGUUCUAGAACACGAGUUCCCCAAGAAGUCUGGACCCAUAGUGCUCUUCUUCUGUGUCAGGUUCUACAUAGAAAGCAUAUCCUACCUGAAGGACAAUGCCACCAUCGAAUUGUUCUUUCUCAAUGCAAAGUCCUGCAUAUACAAGGAGCUCAUCGAGGUCGACAGCGAGGUCGUCUUCGAGCUGGCCUCCUAUAUUGUUCAGGAGGCUAAAGGAGAUUAUCUCAGUAAUGACGUGACAAGGGGAGACCUGAAGAAGCUUCCGGCAUUGCCGACUCAGGCCCUGAAGGAACAUCCCUCCCUGGCCUACUGUGAGGACAGAGUGAUAGAACACUACAAGAAACUCACUGGACAGUCCAGGGGCCAGGCCAUCGUCAAUUAUAUGAGCAUCAUAGAGUCUCUGCCCACAUAUGGAGUGCAUUACUAUGCGGUCAAGGAUAAGCAGGGGAUCCCUUGGUGGCUGGGUCUGAGCUACAAAGGCAUCUUCCAGUACGACUACCAGGACAAGGUCAAACCCAGGAAGGUGUUUCAAUGGCGUCAGCUGGAGAACCUCUACUUCCGAGAGAAGAAGUUUUCGGUGGAAGUACAUGAUCCCAGGAGUAGGGCGUCUGUGACUAGGAGGACGUUUGGGCACAGUGGCAUCGCCGUGCACACCUGGUACGCCUGCCCCGCCCUCAUCAAGUCCAUCUGGGCCAUGGCCAUCAGCCAACACCAGUUUUACCUGGACCGCAAGCAGAGCAAGUCAAAGAUCCAUGCAGCUCGGAGUCUGAGUGAGAUCGCCAUCGACCUGACCGAGACUGGCACCCUGAAGACUUCCAAACUAGCCAACAUGGGCAGCAAGGGCAAGAUCAUCAGUGGUAGCAGCGGGAGCCUGCUCUCCUCGGGCUCCCAGGAGUCGGACAGCUCCCAGACAGCUAAGAAGGACAUGCUGGCAGCCCUGAGGGCUAGACAGGAUGCCCUGGAGGACACACUGAAGCAGAGGAUGGAGGAACUCAAGAACAUCUGCAUCAGAGAGGCCGAGCUCACAGGGAAGCUUCCUAAGGAGUAUCCCCUAGACCCUGGGGAGGAGGCCCCCACUAUCAGAAGGAAGAUCGGCACCGCCUUCAAACUGGACGAACAGAAGAUCCAGCCCAAGGGAGAGGAGGAGGAGCUGGAGCGCUUGGAGCGGGAGUUCGCCAUCCAAUCCCAGAUCACCGAGGCGGCCCGGCGAUUGGCCAGCGACCCCCAUGUGAGCAGUAAGAAGCUGAAGAAGCAGAGGAAGACGUCGUACCUGAACGCUCUGAAGAAGCUGCAGGAGAUCGAGAACUCCAUCAACGAGCACCGUGUCCGCUCCGGCAAGAAGCCUACUCAGAGAGCCUCCCUUAUCAUCGAGGAAGCCAACAUCGGCUCAGAGGACAGCUCACUGUCUGACGCGCUGGUCUUAGACGACGACGACUCCCAGGUGACAGGGACCCCCACCUUCUCCCCGGUGGCGUCCCCCCACAAGGGCCUGCCCCCGCGGCCUCCCUCCCACAGCCGGCCCCCUCCCCCGCAGUCCCUGGAGGGCCUGCGGCACCUGCACUACACACGGCAGGACUACGACAAGUCCCCCAUCAAGCCCAAGAUGUGGAGCGAGUCGUCGCUGGACGAGCCGUACGAGAGGGUCAAGAAGCGCUCCUCCCAGUCCAGUCACAGGCGUUUCCCCAGCUCUGGGAGCGCGGAGGCCGGGGGCAGUAACUCUCUCCAGAGCAGUCCCAUUAGGAGCCUUCCUCUCUGGAACUCCCAGUCCAGCAUGCCCUCCACCCCCGACCUGAGGACCAGGGCCCCGCACUACGUACACUCCACCAGAUCUGUGGACAUCAGUCCUACUCGUCUACACAGUCUGGCUCAGCACUUUAGGAACCGGAGCUCCAGCCUGGAGUCCCAGGGGAAGCUGCUGGCCUCCGACCCUGACACACACACACACACUGUGGGACCGCUGGGCAGCCCCGACUUCUUCCUGGCCCCAGGGACACGCCACUCCAACGGCUCGGACCCCCUGGACGACUGCUCGUCCUGCACCAGCCAGAGCAGCUCGGAGCACUACUACCCCCCAGGGCCCCUGGCGCCCGGCAGCAACCCCAACUACUCCACCCUGGGGGAGGACUCCUCCUCCAAGGCCCGGCAGAGGCAGAGGCACAGGUCGGCGGGUCACCUGGGCUCCUCCAACUCCGGCUCCAUGCCCAACCUGGCGGCUAAGAACGGCUGCGGCGCGGGCGGCGGGAGCACCGGAGGAGGGGGCCACCACGGGGUGUACCUCCACAGCCAGAGCCAGCCCUCGUCCCAGUACCGCAUCAAGGAGUACCCCCUGUACGUGGAGGGCAGUCCCAACCCCGUGGUGGUGCGCAGCCUCGAGAGCGACCAGGAGGGCCACUACAGUGUCAAGGCCCAGUUCAAGACCUCCAGCUCCUACACUGCCGGCGGCCUGUACAAGGAGACCUGGGGGGGCGAGGAGGGCGGCGAGGGCAGUGGCAGGCUCACCCCCUCUCGCUCCCAGAUUGUACGGACUCCCUCGCUGGGGCGAGACGGGGGAGGAGGAGGAGGGGGCAGGGCGGCGGUGUCGGACGAGCUGCGCUGCUGGUACCAGAGGUCCUCGGGGAGCCUGAAGGAGAGGGCCCACUCACACUCUGGGUCCAACGCCUCGGACGGAGGCUCGCUGCAGGGCACGCUGGGACACGGGCGAGGGAGCAGGGUGGGCACGCUCGCCAAGGGCUCACCAGCAGCGUCUCCUCACAGCCAGAGGAGUAUGACCCCCUCCAGUGAACUGACAGCCACUCCCACCCCUCCCUGCAGCCCACAACAUAUCCUCAACUGGCAGAGCGGGUCGUUCAACGACAGCUGUUUCCUCGGCAGCCCCCUGUGUUCAGAGCUGGCAGACGUGCAGUGGUACGGACACGACAAGGCCAAACCUGGAACCCUGGUCUGAGAAACCCCGCCCCCCCUCCUCCUCCUCCCCCGCCCCCCCCCCCCCCCCCCCCCCACAUGCAAACACACACUCGACUGCCCUCCAACCAUCCAGCUCCACAAAUCAACAACCUCCACCCCAGCCCACCACUGUGCUCUGACUAGACUGACCAUAAAACAGAUGUACACCCCCUCCCCCCCCCUCCCCUGUUACCAUAUAGCUGUCCACGCUCCUCUCCCUCUGCUGGGACUUUGCCUCGGAGCAGCCAACCAAUGGGAAACCAGAGCCUCAGCUCCUGAACUUUGACCUUGAACCCAGCACCAGAGCUUGUGUACUCCUCAUAACCCAGACACAGAGACUUGGCUAAGGGGAGGGGAAAAUAGAGCACACACACAGACAAAUAGACUACUUCCAAUAUCCCAUAUUCAUACCCAAACCCCAACCCUGACUGUAGUGACUGUCAGUACUGCCAGCCAAUCAGAAGAUACUUGAUGGAUUUGAGCCCCACCCCCUAAUUCGGACUAAUGUUUGGGGCGAAGUACAUUUCUUUGUUCUGUUGUUGCCAUUUUUCUUUUCUGUUCAUUUCUCCUUUCGUUUUCUGUACAAACAAAAAGAUAGCAUCACUGAAGACAGACUCUUCUUAGCACUAUCAGAUAAUGAAUUUGUUAUUUGUGAACUCAGAUUAUCCUGCAAGAAACAAACCCGAUUCUAAUUCCAAAACAUAACUGUCUUGGUCACAGCCAGAGAUCCACUAACUGGACAGUCCUGUCUCAGUGCCAGUCCCAGGACUGGUUCUCAGCAUAGGCUGGUGCUCAGCAUAGGCUAACUUGGAACUCUGGCUCAUGCUGGGGAGUACUCAGACCCCUACUGUGCUGGGAGUGGACACCAUGACUGGGCCUCCAGGAACGGAGAUGAGGGCCAGAAUCUGCUCCUCCCUGGGCCAGAAUCUGCACCUCCCUGGGCCAGAAUCUGCUCCUCCCUGGGACAGAAUCUGGUCCUCCCUGGGCCAGAAUCUGCUCCUCCCCGGCCAGGGGUCACAUGUUGUCAGGGUGUAGGAGUGGGAUAGGGCUGGAGAGGAAAAGGACGUUCCCUCAGUCUGCCUGUGAUGCAGGAAACACGAGCCCCCCAUUCCACAGCUCAACAUAGGGAUCAACAGUUAUUCCGUAACAAUCAAGGCCGAUCUGGAGGAAUGAAACAUUCUCUAUUUUUUCAUAAUUAGAUUUUUAGAUUGGCCCGGGUGAAAUGUGAAAGCCAAUCCUCGGCUGGUGCGUUCAGCAGUGUGUGCCUCUCUUUCAUCUCGUCCCUCACUUUCUGGUCCAAGCUGUUGGAGGGCUGACCUCCCAUCGCACUGUGUGGCUGUCAGCGCAACACGUAUGGUGGGAGGAGAGUCCAUGUGUUUGUUCCUUUGCAUGGCUCUCUCUGUCUGGCCCACCCCCGGUAUUGGUUUCUUCCCUCUGCGACAGCCAGCAGAUCAGGGUAGCAGACUGGAGGUUCAGAGGCCAACCUUAAACCCCCCCGGAGCGCCCUCUGGAGAGCGCUUAGUCAUGGAAGAUAGACAUCUCACGAGGAAAGCUCUCGUGUUGCAGAUCUCUCCAUCUCAAAGAGGCGUCUGUGUUUUGUAUGAUGUUCUUGUAGCUAUGCUGUUCUAGCUGUACUACUCAGAUUUACUGUUAACCAUCCAACACAGGCCAGGCCGUGGUUUUAGACUGUCAUAUUUUUGCUCAAACCUCCUCUCUCUUUCUCCCAAAACAUUGUUCUUUCAGCAGUGCCAUCUAUGUUUUGUACUGUAUCCCGGUAAUUCCCAUGAACUUCAAAUCUGAGAAUGCUCUUACAGUAGUCAAGCAGGAAGUGCUCAGGAUCUGACAAGUCAUCAGACCAGAGUUAAGGAGCUUGAAGACAUGUCUCUUAAAUGGACCAGUUAAACUCCUGAGUCAACUGAACCAGGUUUUUGUGUCAACAAAUAAAGGUUUUAAAUCUUAA